UUCAUCCACUCGUUGUACAUGUCACACCCACCAUCAUGCCGAACGAGAUUAUCACUCCCGUGGAUUAUAAGGUUGAAACUAAAGCGGAGAGAUGCCGGUUAAACAAAUCAUACACGCAGAAGGCUUUAUUGAUAGCCAAAUUCACCAGCAUUAACAAGUUGUUAUAAAGAUAAGUUCGGUAAUUCAAUGAAGUGCCUCAAAUAAUAACAGCGCGCAGCAGCUUUAAGCCGCUUUAAGUCUCGGGCAGGUGGAUGGAAAUAGAAGACGAGAAAUCGUGUCAAGAACGACCAAAUAAUGGCAAAGAAGAAACGGGUUUUAUCGGUGUGUUUUAUCAAAUGAUUCCCAGAUGACAGGUUAUUAUAGAGGCAGACAUGCCAGCCAACCACACCACGAACUACAACUUCCCAGCGCUCAUAUUCGGGAUUUUAUUGAUCAUUUUCAUCAUAUGUGGGAACGUUCUGGUGUGCAUGAGCGUUUACACUGAGAAAGCGCUGAAAACUACAACCAACUACUUCAUAGUCAGUUUGGCUGUUGCAGAUUUGCUUUUGGCUGUUCUGGUUUUGCCACUGUUUGUGUACGCAGAGUUCCAGGAUGGGGUUUGGUCCCUGAAUAUGACCAUAUGCGAUGGACUGAUGACAAUGGAUGUGAUGCUAUGCACUGCCUCCAUAUUUAACCUCUGUGCUAUCAGCAUCGACAGGUUCAUCGCCGUGUCUAUCCCUCUUAAUUACAACCGCAAACACGUGGACCAGCGACAGAUUGUCCUGCUCUCUGCCACAUGGAUCCUGGCCUUAGCCGUGGCCUCCCCCGUGAUGUUCGGAAUUAACAACGUCCCCAACCGGGACCACAGCGAAUGCAAAUUGGAGGACAACAACUACGUGAUCUACUCCUCCGUCUGUUCGUUUUUCAUGCCGUGCCCCAUCAUGCUGUUGCUGUACUUCGGAAUCUUCCGGGGGCUGAGGAACUGGGAGGAGGCGCGAAAGGCCAAGCUGAGGAGCAGCAUGCAGGCCUGCAAGAAGCUCCAGGAGGCCGCCGCGUCGCUGCAACCUCUGGCUGGCUUGCCGCCCCCCGUAAUUGAGAAAGACCUCACAGACAUUACCCUGAAAGAACUGGAUCGGGAUCAGUAUCCAGAUGAUGGCCCGUAUCAAGCAAACUGUAAGGAUGGAGGUGUGUCAAUGCUUGCGUAUCCUGGUGAAAGCUACAAUGAAGAUCAGAACCAGAACCGGCACAGGAAGGGGGCAAAGAUAAACGGGAGGGAGAGGAAAGCUAUGAGGGUGCUUCCUGUUGUAGUAGGUGCCUUCCUGUUCUGCUGGACGCCAUUCUUCGUAGUACACACGAUGAGGGCACUCUGCGAGGAUUGCGAAAUCCCCAGCUACGUCACCAGCAUCGUGACCUGGCUGGGCUAUGUCAACAGCGCCCUCAACCCUAUCAUCUACACCGUCUUCAACACAGAGUUCAGGAAGUUCUUUCGGAAAUUCCUGCCGACUCUGCCCAACUGCUGCUAGCCUGAACGCGCUCUCUGCUAACGGUUUACGAACAAACGAACAAAACAUACCCAAAAGUGUAAAUAAACCAGACGAAGUAUAGCAUGUUAUUUGACUCAAACAUGAACGUACGGUUCAAGAUGUUUCUUGCCAUGACGUUUUUAUUUUUAAUUUUGUAUGUUUACAUUUUGCAAGCUGACAUCAAAGGGCCUCAUUCAUGAAACACAACUAAUUUCUGUGUAAAUAAGAUCGUUCUUACGUAAAUUGCUGCGUUUAAAAGGAAUUUCUUUGUAAAUGGUUUCAUAAAUUGUUGCAUCCAUAAAAAUAUGAGCAAAACAGAUUUCUCUAAAUCGUUCAUAAAAUCAUUCUUAAGUAUAUUGUUGCAUUCAUGAAACAUGAGCAAAAUGAAUUUCAUGUUAAUUGUUCGUAAGAUCAUCCUUGCGUAAAUUGUCACAUCCAUAAAAACACAAGAACAAAUUUCUCUGUUAAUCGUUUGUAAAAUCAUUCUUACAUAAAUUGUCGCAUUCAUGAAACACAAGCUAAAUUAAUUUCCUUGAAAAUCAUUCGUAAAACCAUUUUUACGUAAAUUGCUGCAUUCGUGAAACUUGUAAAUUGUUCAUAAAAUGAUUCUAACAUGGACAGAGUUUUGUGAACAUAUGAGAGCAACGAAGAAACAUGGACUAAUAUGAAAAUACAGAAUGGUUUUACGAACAAUUUCCACAGAAAUUUCGUAUUCGCGCAUUUCAUAAAUGAGGUCCAAUGUACGCUUUAAAGCUUCUAUGACAGCGAUGUCUGUGGAAAGGUUAUUUAUGAUUACUUCUCUUUGCCAUUACUGAGUUCUCAUGUGAUGGAGUAGGUCGUCCCAUGGCCCAUGAGCCUAGGGGUCAAAGAUAGGACAUUCAUUUUGUAUCAGGUUGCACUGACUUUCAUCUGAGAAAUAAAUGUUUUUCACUGACAAGAACAAUUUUGAGCUGAUGUCUGAUUAAGAGGAGGUAAAAUUAUCCAAUUACAGUCAUAAUCUAAAAGAAGAAAUCAAGAUGGCGUUGCAGGGUUGACAUCUUGUUUCUGUGAGCUCAGGUGAUAUGCAUCCAAAUGUCUAAUUAGCUUACAUAUUACUAGCGAAAAUUCUCCUCUUUACAUUGAUAGUCACUUUAUAAUGGUUCUUAAUCAUUACUUUUCUAAAGUUUUAGAUGAAUUGCCAAGAAAUAAGAAGAUUACGACCAAGAAGGUGACAGUGAGUGGGAGGCUAAUGUGGGGGAUGCAGCUACAAAUGACAGGUGAAUUCUAACUCAAACAUUGUUGAGGCAAUGGAAAGAAUAACAUUUAGCAUCGCCAAGGUUCUUGAUGCUAAGGUUGACAGUUUUAGCGGCAAUUACAUGAACAAACAAUCAAUUUCAGGAAUGAAGUGAGUCGGCCAAAUGGAAGGAUGAAUCUCCAAUGUGGAAACUAAAUGAUUGCUAUUGAAAGUUGUGGAUCUGCAAUAGGAGAUCUGCUUGUACAAUUUGCAAAUAAAUGUUUUGGCCAAAUCAUUCUUGUGUAAAACGGCACAUUCAUGAAACAUGAGCAGAACAAAUUCCAAUGUAAAUUGUUCGUAAAAAAAAAAUCUUACUUUGUCGGAUUCAUAAACACAGGCAGAACAAAUUUUUGUUCUAAAUUGUGUAGAAAAUCAUUCUUGCGUAAAUCAACCCAUCCAGUUUCAGGCAUUAGUGGAGCGAGUCGACUAAGUAGAAGAACGAAUAUCUAAUGUGGAAACUAUAUCAUUGCUAUUUAAGGUGGUGGAUCACAAAUAAAAAAUAGUUGAAAUGUCAGAGCAUGUGCGAUUGACAACUAAAUGUUUAUCUGUGUAUGCUUCAUCAAAUCAUAUGUGAAAUGUUGCAUUCAUGAAGCACAAGCAGAAAGAA